AGAGCCCAGAGGAAUAUUGUUUUUCAAUACCUUUCCCCUGUUUCUGAUGGCGGAUAAGAAGAAACCAUUGUCAAGGCACGUUUUGAUUCUAUCUCUGUCACUGAAUAUUGGAUUGAUUCUGAGGCUUCUAUAUGUUGACGAGAACUGGGAAGCAGAAAGGGGUAUUCAUGCUGCUUUCUGCAUGGAGGACAAUCAUCAGCAAACAGGGGGAGCUUCAAAGCUAGAAAUCUACAGUCAGGUGAUCGGAAAGAUGAAGUCAGUGUCUUCUUCCAUAUCCCCUAGCUAUGAUACUCGCAUGCAAGUGGAAAAUCGAGAUAGAAUUGUCAACUUAGACCAUGGUGAUCCAACAAUGUAUCAGAGUUUCUGGGAACAAAUGGGGGACAAGACUACAGUAGUCAUUAAUGGAUGGAACUUCAUAAGUUAUUUCUCUGAUGCAAAAAACCUUUGCUGGUUUGUGGAGCCGGAUUUUGUAAGGGCAGUUGUUAGAUUGCACAAAUUGGUUGGAAAUGCUAUAACCCAAGGUCGACAUAUUGUCGUGGGAACAGGAUCUUCACAACUUUAUCAGGCUGCUAUUUAUGCUUUGAGUCCAAAUGAAUCGCCAGAUCCCAUGAGCGUUGUUUCUGCUGCACCGUAUUACUCUUCUUACCCACUAAUGACAGACUUCCUAAAGUCUGGGCUUCACAAAUGGGCUGGUGAUGCACAAAACUUUAGCAAAAGCGGUCCUUACAUUGAACUUGUAACAACGCCAAAUAAUCCGGAUGGUUCUACAAGGGGAGCUGUGGUCAACAGGAAUGAAGGACUUCUAGUUCAUGACUAUGCUUACUUCUGGCCACAAUAUACCCCAAUUUCUUUUGUGGCAGAUGAAGAACUCAUGCUUUUUACUGUCUCGAAAAGCACAGGCCAUGCAGGGACACGAAUUGGCUGGGCUGUGGUUAAGGAUGAGGAAGUUGCAAGAAAAAUGACCAAGUAUAUAGAGCUGAACACCAUAGGAGUAUCCAAAGAAUCUCAGAUUCGAGCAGCCAAGAUUUUGAAUGUUGUGGCCGAUACCUAUGACGAACUUGGCAACCCUAAAGAGGAUGCAUUCUUUGAGCAUGGCUACAGAAUAAUGACAAAAAGAUGGAACCAGUUAAGAGAAGCAGUCAAAAGGAAUAACUUGUUCAGUUUGCCCAAAUUCUCUUCAAGCUUUUGCAACUUCAGUCAUCGUAAAUAUGAAGCAAAUCCUGCCUUUGCUUGGUUGAAAUGCGAAGGGGAUAUCGAAGACUGUGAAAAGUUUAUGCGUGAACACAAGAUAUUGACAAGAGGAGGUAAGCAUUUUGGUUUCAGCACAAAGUAUGUGAGGAUUAGCAUGUUGGAUCUCGAUGCAAAUUUUGAUCUCUUUACCGAGAGAUUAUCUAGAAUUCGACAAUGAUAUUAAGAAUCUGGUGUUUUUUAAGUUAUCUGUUUAUGCGAGCAAAUUACUGGUUGGGGAACACUCAGUGGGAAGAAGUUUUGGGCUUAAUUUCAUUGGGAUUUCAAAUUUAGACAAAAAGAUGGAAACCCGACGAAAAAUGAUCCAUUUUUUUUGUGUGAAUUUUAUGUCUUAGUGAUUCUGCUGGCUCUUCUUUCUCAACCACAUGUGUUUUUUCUUCUUGUUGGUUGUUAAUGAAUUGUUCUAAGAAACUAUUCUACCUAGUUUGUUAGGAUGUUUAUCUUUAACCUUAAUAUAUAUACUAUCUUUGCA